AUGCCCAAGACCAACGUGAGUAUGGAAGAUUCGGUCCGCGUACGCAACGAAGUCGUUUUUCUGGCCCAGGCUCGCAAGGCUCUUGGUGCGGUAGAUGGCCACGCUGCACUGUGCCCGCGCGCCUAUGCCUGGGACGAUACGAACCUUGAAACUCAAUUUAUUGUCGAAGAGUUUAAAAACGGAGAGCACAUCUUGGCUGAAGAAUUUUCUGUGCUUUCCCCCGCGGACCAAACCCAUAUUUUUACGCAAAUUGCCAAGUUCGUCAAAGCCCUCCAAACCAUCAAGCUGCCCGAGGGAGUUGUCUACGGAGGUCUUACAUUUGAUGGCGAAGGCGUCAUAUCGAGCACAAAAUGUCCCAUUCCUUGCGGUGGCCCCUUUAAGACUGAGAGGAGCAAGCACCUAAAUGGGUGGAAGGGCACGCCAAAGCUUCGAGAGCGAUUGGAAGUCUUUUUCGCCAAUGGCCGAGACAAAGUGUUACAGACCAUUGGGGAAGAUAGACCGACCCUAACACAUGCAGAUCUUGGCAUGGGCAAUCUGCUCUUUGAUCGCGAGACAAAAACAUUAACCGCCGUUAUCGAUUUUGACUUUUCCCACGCCGGGUCCCCGGUCUCGGAAUAUCUCUUCUCGUUCUACGACGUUGAUUAUCUCCUAACUAGUAGUGUUGAGCCGAAUGGUCCUAUGCGCGGGUUCCUCCUGGACGGUUUCCCCGAAGGAGACGAGCACAAAGGUAUUGAUUCGGAAAAUGUAGGUGAACUACAGAAGGCUCGACGCUUUGAUACUGCUUUUGCCAGUCAGGGCGUCCCGCGGCCCAGCACUAUUGGCUAUGCAGCAGCAGCGUCUGAUAUAUGGUGGUUUUAA